UUUCUCCGCGCAGCACACACAGCACUGCACGGGGCACUGCAAAUCCUUCGAAGGCGAAAAACAAUUUUUAACAGCAACUUUUCCUCCUGAUUCUGCUGCUGAUGGCAGCAGCAACAUAUUUUGGUUUUUUUUCUCUCGUUCCCGGAAUGUGAUGGGAAAAAUCAGUGCAUUUGCCCCCGAUCGUUGAACCUUGUUGGUGCUGAAACCUUGUUUUUGGGUUUUUGGAAUAGUUUUUUGGGAAACGGGUUGUCGUUUUGUAGUGAAAUGUGGAAUUAGUAGUUUGGAAGCUGUAGAUUUUCGGUAUGAAAUAAGUUUGGAAUCGUGUGUGUAUGUGUUGUGGAUUUUUGUAUUUUCUGAUCAGGGGAUUUCAAAACGCAGAAAUUCCUGGGAAAAGGGUUUUUAAUGGUUGAUCGAGCUGUGCCGCGAUAGAUCGAAACGUGUUUGGAUUUAAGCUGCCAAUGAGGGUGGACUACUUGGACCGAAAAAAGUUUUCGGACAUGAAAAUGGAUUACUGAAUAUGGUAAUCUAGUUGCAGAAAAAGCGUCCAAAUGCGACAUAUUUGGAUUUUCUUCGAGGAACGUAAGCCAGAUUAGGUUCGUGUGUGGAAAAUAUUGCCGGAAAAUGGAGUGCAAGUGAAUAUUUGAGGCAUCAAAAGGUGAAGAAAUAGUAAGAAUUUUCAUCUUUUCUGAAGCUGAAAAAUUGAUCGGUCAGUGGCAGCAGGAAAAUUAAUUGAAAAUUUUUCACCCAUCUGCGAGUGCGAGUGAGAACAGCUUUGGAUACAGAGCAAGAGAGCAGUACGGAAAAUGCGUAGAAAAUUUUGUGACACACGACUUCGAGCAUCCUCAUCAUCUGGGGGAGCAACCGGGAGAGUCUAGUUCUUCUGUCAAAAAAUCCUUUCGCAAGCAUCAAGCAACGGACUUUUCCUGCCAAACAACAUUCAAAACAUCGAGUGAGAGAGCAGAAGGAAGAAAGACAAACUCACGAAAAAAAAACAACAGAGAGGGAGCGAGGUCCUUUCACUUAACCACAAGUUCUCUCGUUCUCAAAGUUUUCCUUCCACAAGGAAGACGCGAAAAACACACCACAUGUGAAAUCCAUCACUCGGAAAAGUAACAAAACUCUGUGAAAGCUCGCGUGCUCAGUAAUUCCUUCAAGUGUCGGCGAGAGCACGUGUGCCAGCUGAACAUUGAUGUGUCAGUUUCAUUCGGAAUCAGACGGAAGAAAAAGUACUCCCCGGAUCGAUAAGGUGUAGAAACAAAAGACCACAAGCAAUUUCCGGAAAAAUAUAAACAAUGAUAGCGCAACGGAAUCAAGAAGUAUCUCCCUUCCCCACCCAACUUCUAAACCCAACGGCUGAUGAUCCAGUGAAGUGAAUGUGAAACAACUGAAGAAGAAUGAAAGUUUACCCCUCCAAAUUCAUUUAUCAUUGAUCUAUGCUACAGCAGAAACAAAGACAAAAACUAGACCUGGUGGUUUGUUAAAUUUUUAAUCCCACUUGCGUGCUAUCAGUCAAGUUGAAUGUAGCACAACUAACAGAGAAAAAAACCAAAUAAACCAACAAAAGUAGAAGAUUGAAAAAAAAAAAACAAUCAUCAGUAGUUAGCUGUUAGUUAUUUUUUUGGUUCUUAAUUGAAGUGUUCUACGACGAACGACCAGCAGACGGGAAUAGUGGUCCCCGAGCAAAUUUACCUAUCCAUCGGAAGGAAAUCGGUGGUGUCUUCAAACAAGAAGAAAAAAAGGAGAAAACGGCAGCCAGACACGAGCAGCAGCACCUGGACUAAUCAUCAUGAUUUUAAUUGCUGGUGUCGAUAACUACAUGAACGUUUCCAUGGAAACCACGACGGUCCUCGGAGCGGCCCUCGGCUUCAUCGCUCUGAUGCUGGUGCUGUUCCUCUACAUCAACCGGAAGUGGUGCUUCGCGACGCCGGGGACAUUUCUGUGCUGCGACGAGAACACGCUACCCGCAAAAACCGUGCACACAAUCCGAAGCCGCUUCGCUUACGAUGGUAACUCGAGCUCGGACUCGGAGGAGGAAAUCCUGCGGCGGCUGAAGAUGCAGCAAUCGUGCAGCCUGCACAGCUCGGGUCAGCUUUCGCGGUACGGUGCCGGCGGUCUCGGUCCCCUGGAUCCGGACCUCGCUUCAAACUACAGUGGAAGCGGGCUGCAGCACAUCACCAUCGGUGCACCGCUGCUGAGUCCGGAUAGUGUCAGCAGUAGCGGAGGGAAUACCGUCCUAUCACUUGGAGGUGGUGGUCGAGCAGGCAGUGGAGAGCUAGUUCCUCGAAGUAAGGAAAGUAGGAAACACGAUCGGCAUCAUCACGGUCACCAUCAUCACCACCACCACCAUCAUGGGGGUGGGUCGCACAGUCGUAACGGGUCAUCACGGGAUCCACUGGCACUGGCCGAGCGAGGUAGGAUUGGAAUGCCGCACUCGAGUAGUGAGUGUAGCUCCAACAGUUCCGUCGAAGCCUCGGUGGAGAGUAAUACGGGGUUGAUGGGUGGUGAGAAGAAGGAUCGACGGUUGAUUUUGCAGUCGGCAACUGGUGGAAUACUGGGUGACACUCCAACGAAGGAACUAUCUGGCGAAAGUCGCAAGGAUGGUGGGAGUAUCGGUGGUGGAUCAUCGACCAGUGGCAAGUACAAUCGGCUUUCGGUGCAGCAUCAAGACAGUUUGGAAGACGUUCCCGACCUUAGCAACAAUCAAGAUUGUAUCGUGGUUCUUUCACAGGAACCUCUCUUCGAUACCAGUGACUUGAAGUCCCUCAAAUCGGACACCGGUACCAUAGGUCCGGGUCCGGAAAGUCCCACGUCCAUCAGCAGUCCCAACGGAACCCUGGAGAUAUCUCUGCUGUACGACGCUCCGAUGCGGAAGAUGACGGUGCAUGUACUGCAAGCCCGAGGCAUCCCUUCAAGAAGUAGCGAAAAGGGUAUCUUGGAAGGAGUCGCUGCAGCGAUCGAGAAAUCAACCGGAGACUCCAAUGCCAAGAACAGCAGUCUACCGCUGUUGACGACUACGCACACACAGGUUCGGCUGCUACUGCUACCGGCCAAAAAGCAGAAGCACAAGACGAAAAUUCGGGCUGGCGAGAAUCCGCAGUUCAUGGAGAGUUUCCUGCUGCAUCGGGUCAACCCAGAGGAGGUCAACUCGAUGGGAUUGCGGGUGCGAGUCUACGGAUGCGAAAGGAUGCGUCGCGAGCGGCUCAUCGGGGAAUCGAUCGUCAGUUUCGCCAACAUCGAUCUGGAGCUGGAGACGAACCUGUGGCUGCCGCUGGAACCGAGAGCCAAUUCAACCAUAAAUGGCUCCACGAGCGACAUAUUAAGCUUAGCUCGGUCGGAUAGUACGGGAUCAACAACUUCGAUGCAACAUGGAGGGGUCCCGGAGCUACUGCUAGCUCUAGGUUACAAUGGUACCACGGGACGAUUAACUGUGGAGAUUGUGAAGGGUAGUCAAUUCCGAAACCUUGCCUUGAACAAGGUCCCCGAUACGUAUGUGAAGCUGUGUUUGGUCAACAGCAUGGGCCAGGAGAUGGCACGGGCAAAGACUUCGACCCGUCGUGGUCAGCCGAAUCCGCUGUUCAAGGAAACGUUUAUCUUUCAGGUGGCCUUAUUCCAGUUGAACGACGUCACCCUGAUGGUGUCGGUGUACGCAAAACGAAACAUGAAACGCAACGAGAUGGUCGGCUGGUUCAGCAUGGGUCUUAACUCGAGCGGACCGGAGGAGAAUGACCACUGGCGCGAGAUGCGCGACGGCAUGAACCCGCGCUCGGAGUUGGUGACACGAUGGCACGUCCUGGUGGAUUCCUGAUUCAACUAGCUAGGGCUCUCCCCUCGGCAGAGCACGGUAGUCAGCGAGGAUAUCACCGAGGUGGUGGUGGCGUCGGCCUGCGGAGGUCGACAGCAUAGCUCCGGCUCGAAAUCCCAUCGCGCGUCGAGUGGACGACGACGAAGCUCCGCCGGUAGCGGGUCUCUAGCGUCGCCUCGGGAGCUUCCACCACUUCCGGUGCAAGAACUGCCGGAGCCUUUGUUGCUUCAGCCGGCGAUCAUGCACCACGGAUGCGAUCGGGACUCGGUUGCCGUUGAUAUCUCGUUGAUGCCUGGGAGUGACCUAGAGUUUGUUUAGAGAGAAAGAGAGAGAGAGUGCGUCCAAGCCUACGAGUAAGUAAGGGUAAGUAGGAGUAAAAGAUACUAGGUGUUAAAAUAAGCGUAGUGUGAACCAAUUCGCGAUUUGUGGUAAAAGUUCUUUUGAAGUCUCAAACUUUAACACAAUAUAAAUGUAUUUGAGAAUCAGUUUAGUUAUGAAGCAAAUCCAAACACGUUUUUGAUGUUUUUAAUCAUAAAAUGGUGUCUGAAGUUGGGUGUGUAAGGGAUGGGGAAACAUUGUUUGAUGUAGAAGGAGACCUUUUCGGCAAACCGAAGGCCUUCUCACUUGUACUCUUAAAUUGAUAGUGAGUAUUUAUUAAAGCAAAAAAGAAAAACAAAUCCAGUGCUCAGCUGUGGUUUAAGCAGUAAUAAUCGAAGACGAAAAGUUACCAAAAAUUUACAGUGGUGGGAUCGAAGAAAUUGAACUCUCGAACAAACCAAGGGACAGAAUUAAAUGGGAAAGUAUUGAGUAGCACAAAUCUUUACGGAAGGCUAGGAUUAGAUACAAAUGAAGAAAGUUCUCUAUCUAGCAGUGAUAAUUUUUUUUUACUACUCCUAAUUUAAAAACUUAUUUAAUUAUUGAAGUUAUCAAUUAUCAAAAAGUUUGUCAUACUUCAUGAUUUUUUUGAACAUAAUUGAAUUUUUGAUUUAACCUUCUGAAAGGAAAUAACUUUUUCAAAAUGUGGUAAGAAGAAUUUGACGGAUCAGAUUGAUCGUGCUACUCCAUGACAUUUUGUGUACCUGUUUUGUACGUUGUCCAGCUCUGUCCUCUAAAGAUAAGGACGAAAAUCCCGAUCAAAAUCGGAAACCUUUUAACCACUUUUUGGCUCGGAGACAGAAGCAUGAACAUUACUAAUCCAUACCAUACCACAACAGAUUAUUAUAAUUAUUCUACAUAGAGUGCUAUAUCUAUUUUUAAUCGAUCAACGGGCGAUUAACGCGAUCAUCUACUUAAACAAUAACAAAUUGGAAAGCUUUUAUACACAAUUGGAAAUGAUCAAUUUCCGUUAGAGAGUUUAGUUUCUAUUUGGAAGACAAAAACAAAUUAGCCCUUCAAUGAUUCUUAAUGAAAAACAAAAAAAAACCAAACGUAUAUAUAUACAUAUAUUUAUUGGAUCAGUAGAGCUCUAUUUUGUGCUGAUUAUAAAAUUUGAUCGAAACAAAGGGAAAACCCUAAAAAACUAAAAGAAACUCUGUCGAACAAGGAAAUAAAAAAUUGGAAAAAACAUUAAUACAAACAAAAUAUUGGAAGAAAAAUAAGGUCAACGGAAGAUGUAACAAAUGAAAUGAUAAAAUAUUAGUACCUUGCAAAGGAAAAUACCGUAAACUCAAUCGCGCACACACAUUUAUUGUUGAUAAGGUUUAUACAGAAGAUUUAGGGAAGACGAGAUGAAAACGAAAAAAAAACCUAAAAUAAAAGUAGGUAACAACAGACCUAGAAAGAGAAAAAAAAGUGAGACGGAAGAGAAGUUAAGAACCCAUAUUUUACAAAAAGCAGAUUUUCAUACAUUACAACAAAAAUCUAAAAUUCUAAAUCAGCAACAAAUUGGAAACUGUUUAGGUCUUAUUUACACACAAGAAAAAUGCGCUAUCGUGUUGCAUAUCAUACUAAAAAUGAGUUUCCUUCAACCCGCAUCCUACCAUAAAUCGAUUGGGCCAAAUAAUUGAGAAAAACCACGCAAAUCGAAACGAAACAAAAAAGGGAGAAAACACAUUUUAUCCAUCGAGCAGUUUAGAGUGUUGAGCCAUAUUGAAAACACAAGGAAAUUUUUUAAGACUGUCCAAAGAAAAAUGAAGCAAACUAGAAAAAAAUUACGAUAUGGAAAGAAAAGAAAAUAAAAACAGUUUAAUCCAGUAGAUUAUGAAAUUAAAACAGUAAAAAACUAAAAUUUAACCACAUGCGAUACUUAAUUCAACAACAUUUACAGGAGCUCCUAUUGAAACGGUUAAACAUAAACUAACAGAAAAACAAACAAAAAAAAAAUUGGUAAUUUUAAGGGACAGAAAAAUUUUCCAAAUUGGCAAUCACAACAGUAAAUCAUUUCUCUAUCGGAAAGAGUUGCUUUAAGUAGGAACAAAACAAAAACAUAAACAAACGCGUCCGUUAAUUGAAUAAAGGUUUAUGGACAAGAUAUUUUCGUAAAUGAAACAUCAAAAGAACAAAACGCAAUAGCGCUGAAUGAUUUGUUUGCUAUAAUUUUUAUUAGGUUCAUAAAUCUUCAAUUUGAAUUAGGAUCUACAAAAUGUCAAUUUGGAAAAAAAUAUCUUUUGCAUUAUUUUUUAUUUUUAACCUCGCAUUGUUUUGAUAUUGAUAUUGUAUAAUAUUGGACCAACGAUGUUACCCUAUGCCAUAUUUUUUUUCAAAUUCAUACUCAGCUGACAAAACAGACAUCCGAUUUCGAUUUUUGGCAAAGCUUUGAAGCUUAACGUAUACAGUAGACUGGCCCAAAUUUUUAUGGGAAAUUCAAAACCUGUGAAAUGGCUAAAAUUCAUCCUAGGCAAGAUCCUAGUACAAGAUCUCAUGCAAAAUUUGGACCAGAUUGGAGCACGGGAAAGGUUCGCUCAACGAGCCUAAAGUUUGAUGAGAUUUUGAGACAUUUUUUUCGAGAGAAACAUGAAAAACCAGUUUUUCAUUAAUAACUUUGGUUCCCAUCGGCCAAUUUCUGAAAUGACAAAUAUUUUAUCCGAAGACUGCAUUUCUAUAAGAGUUAAGAUAAAAAAGUUAUUAGGCUUCAAAAAUCCGACUCCUCGGAUGGUUUAAAAAAUCGGAUCAAUUUCGUACUGUUUCUCCGGAUCUGCGUAUUCAGCUAAAAAUCGAAUAGAAAUGUCUUCUCUGAGUCAAGUCGAUGUAGUCAAUACUUAACAGUUACCCAAUUUGCAUUUUUCUAUCUCAAACACGCUUAAUGUUUUUCAGUUGGAAUCGUUUUGGGAUAUGCAGAAUUUACCCUUUGAGAUAAGUCUUUCAAAAACUUUAAUCAUGCUGGAGAAUUUAAUAUUUGUCACCAUUACUGGUCCAUCAUCGAAUAAUAAUACUGAUCGUAAACCAUUAUCGUACCCUUCGGUGUAAAACUAACAAUUUCAAAUCAUUCUCGACGUAACUUAUUCGUGUGGUGCCGGUUUUUUUUAUGAAGCGAUAUGUAAACACUAACUAUGUUACAGUUAUGUAGUAAAUAUAGAGAAGGGUACCGAACGCUUACUUACGUUGUCGUUUUAAGACAACGUAACCAAGCAUUUUGGAUAGCAGUUAGAUUAAAAAAUAAAUCAACAACAAAAAACCAUGAAAAAGGUCGACAGCUGUCGGCUUGUAGAGUCUCCUUUUACGAUUAAAAAUUUUUUAUCGUGAAAGAUUUUUUCUUUUGGAAGAAAUUUCAACUCAUGAAAGCGAAAUUAAAGUAACGCAGCAGAACAUCGUUUAGGGAAAUAAAACAAUUUGUCGUGAAGUAAGGUCGGUUAAAGAACACACACACACGCUAAACUUUUGUCGAUGUGAGUGAAACGUAUUUUUGUAACCUUCAAAAGAAUGUUCCAAAGCGAAACAAAAUUCGUAAAUAAUCGAAGGCAGUGGGUCGUUUUUGCAACAAAAAAAAACAAAAACAAAACAAGGGAAGCGACGCCUAAGAUGUUGACAAAAUCCUAAUCCACAUCAAAGCUGUAAGCAAGCGUUGACUUGCGCAAAAAAAUAAAGCAAAAAAGUGAAAAAAUUGUAGCAAAAAAAGCAAACAGAAGCAGACAGUGGUAAAAAAUUGAUAAUUCUUUAGAUUGUAAAACCAACACACACAAGCACAAACAAUAUUUUAUUGAUUUAGAAGGUAGAUGUUUCAUCUUUACUGUUAGAAGCAGAAAAAAAAAACAAAAAACUAUUUAAAAUACAACCAGUUGUACUUUUGUGAUAUUUAUCUUAUGCACUGCAAAGCUUUAGGAAUAAUGACGAGAAUCAAAGAAAAUGAAAGCAAAACCAGAAAGGGAACCAUUUUGUUGUUGAUUUGAGUUGAUACAAUUCAAACAGCAACCAAAAAAAGAAUAGGCAAACACAUACACUAACAAAAACACGAACAUAAUAAACAAACAGUAACACAAAAAUAAAAUUUAUUGGUCACAACCGAGUUUAAUGGAGCGAAGAUGAAGAACAGGAGAAUUGUUGGAAAAACAAAAGCUUCAAGGCACAAUUUUUAGAUGCACCAUUUAUUUAAUAACUCCAGUUGGGUUUUGAUAAAUAACUGUUGCUUAAUUUCUACCAGAAAACAAUGUCCAUCAAAAGGGUUCUUUGUUUUGUCGAAAUUUUGUCCACAAACUUGUAAAAUAUUCCAGCUUUGAACACUCAAAAAUUUCUAAUGUAAAAUUUGUUUCUAAGUUUAUUUUUAUUGUUGCAACUUAUUGAAAAUCCCCCUUGACUACACUCCUGUAAUUGAUUUUCUUAUGUUGCUUCUAUAGACACUAUAAUUAUAGUGUCUAUAGUUGCUUCGUUCAAAAGAAAACCAAAUCUUUGAGAGCAACAUGAAAUUCCUAUCGUAGCAAUCCAGUGUCGUAGAGAAUCAGCCGUUUGACAAUUUGUGAAAAAAAAUCCUCGUGAAUGAGCUCGGAGUAAAAAAUUGUGUUAGAAACCACAUUUAUUUUUCGAAUUUUUAUGUUUAUGAACUGGAUAAUAAUUUUCUGUUCUGUAUACGAAUAAUAAUUCUAUUGCUUGUGGAAAGUGUUUCGGCAGGUAAGAAAUGCAAUCUUUCUUUUCGUUCAUUGCGAUUGAAUUUGAAGGUUCAAACUUCGAAAUAAUUUGAAAAACUCAAAUUCCUAUUUUUGUUUUAGAAUCAAAGUUAUAUUUUCUUAAAAGUUAGUUCCUGCAUUUUUUCGAUAAGUGAUUGAUUAGUGAUUUAAAUUCUGAUUCCGGAAUUCGAUGUUCUGAAUUCUGAUUUUCAAACUUUUCUGAAAUCAGUGUUUAUUACCCUUUUGUGUUCUGGGUGCCGAUUUUAAAACUUUGAGUUUAAAGGUUCCCGUAAAUAAAAAUCACAAUUACAAUUCAAUUCUUAUUUCUGUUUUUUCAGUUCUUAAGUCUUGUUUUGAAUUUUGAGAUAAAAAAAUUUUGUUCUGAAUCCUGAGUACUUGCUUCUUCUGAUAUUCAUAUUUGAUGAAAUAGGAAUGCUGAGGAAUGGAAUAUUUACAAGUUGAGGUUCCACUUUCGACAAUUAAAAAAAAAAUCAAAACACUUAUCCUAAACCACCUCUUUGAAGUCUAGCUAAAAUAUCCUAUGAAAUCUAAAAAAAAAUCUUGAACUCUUUACACUGUGUAAAUAGGAAAAAUUCCUCACUUGUCAAAGACAGUAAAUAAGUAAGUAAGGCACUAGUCGAGCAAAGCAAGUAAAUAAAACAACCGGGUAGGUAGCCAACAAAGAUAGGAAAUUGAAACAAAUUUAAAAAAAACGUCACGGAUUAAGCCAUGGCACAAACGCAUUGUUGUGGUGGGAGCGAAAUUUGACCAAAUCGAAAUGCAAAAUGCAGCAAAACUAAAAAAAAAUUAAAUCAAGACAUGGAAAGGCCAAACAUUUUUCUCUUAUUAAAAAUCAACCAAGAAAAUAAAAUAGUAAAAAAAGUGACUCACAAGUAACGAACAAAAAAAAAAAAAAAUAAGAAUACAACAUAGCAUAGGAAUAGGAAAGCGACUCAAAAUUUGAAUCAAAUCAUCAUUCUCUUCUCCAAAAGUUAGUAGUUAGUCACACCUUCUCUCUAGAAAAUAACAAUAAAAACACAUUUUAUCACAUUUUUUCAUUAAAAUAGAGUUUGAAUGAGAGCGAGAAAGUAAAAUAAAAUCGUGAAUACUCACCUUCGUGUAGA